AAACCUUGAUUUGAUAUCCGGUUAGGCUAAGAACAGUUGUAGGCCUAGUUGUAGAUUAAGAAUCAGUAUUUUAAUGAAAUAAUAAAACUGACUCAGCGUUUAAAAUGACAUUUUUUCAUUUUGGGAAUUGCGUCGCUCUCGCUUAUGUGCCUUAUGUCAUUGUCUACAAAUGUUCUGGGCUAGCUGAAUACAGUGCUUUCUGGAAAUGUGUUCAAGCAGGAGGUGCAUAUCUCUUCACACAGUUGUGCAAGAUGCUGCUACUUGCAACUUUCUUCCCAGCAACAGAGACAGCCUCUGGUGGGCUUGAUAUCACUGGGGAGUUUCUCAAAUCCACAGUAGACAUUGCAGAUCUUGUUGGGCUGCAUAUUGUCAUGUCAAAGUUUGCAGGGAAAGGUCAGCUGAAAUUUAUGAUUGCUGGAAUGGGGUGGGCUACAGCUGAGCUCAUUGUCACCAGAUUUUUACCACUAUGGAUGGGGGCUAGAGGAGUGGAGUUUGAUUGGAAAUACAUCCAGAUGAGCUUUGACUCCAACAUCAGUCUGAUCCAUCACAUAAGUGUUGCAAUGCUAGUCUGGAUGUAUAGCCGCAGCGACUUACAGAAAUCUUCCCUGCCUGUGGUUGUGACACUCUUAGGGUUGGCAUGCUACAGGCCUCUUAUUGUUGAAAUUCUCAUGCAAGCUGUUGGCCUGGGAUCCUGGAUGUUGCUGUUAGCCAAGGCUGGGUUUACAUCCAUUGUUGCUCUGAUCUCACUGCAGAUGUACCUGAGUAUCCCAUCACAAGGCUCAAACUCUUACUACUGAUCAAAUUAGAUUUCACUUCAGUGUGUAAAUGUAAAGAGAAAAACAACAGCAUUUCUGAGGCAUGUUUUGUGAGGAUCAUUGAGAUCAAUGCAGAUUCUAAUCAGAUAUUAUAGGAACAAGAUACAAGGUUAAAGAUAAUAAUUGAAAACUUUCAUGAUUUUUUUUCAGUCAAUUGUGUUUAGGAGUUUUUGUACUAUUUAUUUUGUUGUAAUCUUUGGAUGGAAUGUUUGUUGUGUGUUUCUCUAUUUCUUGAUAGGAUUUAUGAUUGUGUUUGUAGCAUUUCAAGACUAUGUGAUUAAUUUUCAUCAUUAUUUAUGAAUGUAGAGAGACUUGUUGUGGAACCAUUAAUUAAACACUUUUUGCUACCAA